UGUUGCUGUGGUUUGCGCUCGAAUCAGAAAAUCAAUUAAGUUAUGAAAAAUACCAUUAAUUGCCUUUCUUUGUCGCCGCAACUCAUGAAGAAAUGGCGGAUCUCCAGACGUCGGUCGUUUGAGGAGAAACACUUCGCCUCCAGUGUCGUGUUCACCGACGAUAAGAGGCGCCUCCGUCGACAGGAAUAUUUACGUUUUGUGGAUGACAAUGAGCUGAUGGUUGCGGAAGUCUGCGAGACGACGAUACAAACAAGAGAGAGGCUGACUGGAAGAUGCCCAGAAAAAAACAACAGAAUCCACAGCCAGUUAAGUUGGAUUCUGAAGAUGGUGUAACCGUUGAAGCUCCAGGAAACCUCCCCUUAGACACAGACUUCCUUCUUGGACAAGACCUCGAGUUCAGUGAUCCGGAUCAUGACAACAAGAUUCUAGGCCUGGCAAAGUUCUCAGAAGUAGCUGCUGAGAUCGGUUUCUCUGUGUAUCCUCUGGGUGAUGAGGAGAGUUCUGCCUACAGCCAGCUCAGUAUGGAAAGUGAAACAGACAACUCGCGUAGCACGACCGACAACGGGAGGGAAGACGAGGGCCGAGCGUCCCAGUCUGAACCCAGUUUUCCUCCCUACCUGUCCUGCCGGGGCUGCGGUCAGCUCCGGGACGAACCUCUAGGACCGGGCAUUGACCUGGUCGGGCCUUACUGCCUUAGGUGUUGCAAAGCUUCCAGGGAAGCCAAAACUACGGACUUCUGUUCUCCUUUCGGAAGCAUUGGCGGGAUUCGCUCCGGUUCCCAUCCGCAGCUUGACUGUGACGGAGUGGCAAACGGAAUGGGUGACAAGGCGGAGGACAAAUCUGCCAAACUGCACUCGUGUCACCUGUGUGGCUUCUCUUCGCGUUACGCCAACCACGUGAAGCGUCACAUGAAGACGCACAACGGCGAGAAGCCCUUUAACUGCCCUCUGUGCACUUACGCCUCGGCUCAGCUGGUGAACCUGCAGAGACACCUGCGCAUUCACACAGGGGAGAAACCCUACAAAUGCGACAGCUGCACUUUUGCCUGCAGUUCACUCGGCAACCUCAAGAGGCACCAGCGCAUGCACGUGCCCAACGCGGGGGCGGGACAGGACCCGCCGCAGCGACACGCCGCCGGCCAAAACGUCCUGAAGAGACACGUGACUGGACAGAGACCAGCUGAGGAAGUGUCUGGUGCUUCAGGGAAAGUUUCAGAAGUUGCCAGGCCGACGUCCAAUCUCAGCUUGGGAGCCCAGAACAGCGACUACCUGUCAGCCUUCGAUGGCUUAAAAGGAGCGUCGCCACCGCCAAUCCCAGCCUCUAAUCCAGCCCCCGGCCACCAUCCUCCACCGCUGCUGGAGACGACGGGCAGCAGCGGCAGCAGGGCGGCCAGAGGGGGCGUAGCAGACAACCCCGCCCUCCCGCCGUCGCUCUUCCCUUUUACUUGCAGGUUGUGCGGCAUUGUGCUGGAGGACGAGGACGGCUCCUCGGCGCAGAUCUGCGCCAAGUGCACCCUGGAAAUGCUGACUAAAGACUCGUCGUCGUCGCCCAACAGCCCCGGCGAGCGCAGCGACAAAGUGUACACCUGCGCCGCCUGCCCCUUCCUCACGCACUACCCCAACCACUUGGCACGUCACAUGAAGACUCACAGCGGAGAGAAACCGUACAAGUGCCCGCAGUGCGACUACGCCUCAGCCCACUUUGACAACCUCAAGCGGCACCACAGAGUGCACACGGGCGAGAAACCUUACAAGUGCCAUUUGUGCGAUUACGCGUGCGGGAACCUGGCCAACCUGAAGCGCCACCAGCGGGUGCACUCGGGCGCCAAACCCUUCCAGUGCGCCGUGUGCAGUUACAGCUGCAACCAGAGCAUGAACCUGAAGCGGCACAUGCUGCGGCACACCGGGGAGAAACCCUACAAAUGUCAGGAGUGCGGCUACACGACCGGCCACUGGGACAACUACAAGAGGCACCAGAAGAAGCACGGCCUGGCGACGGACGGCUGGGUCAAAGUUCCCACGACGGGAAACGACGAGGCGGAGGACAGGAGGAAGGGGAUGGGGGGCGGGGUUCAGACUCACAGAAAGGAAGCAGGUGUCGAUAUGCAGUACAUGCCAAGGGAGGGCAGUCAGACGAUACACUCGUGCUACAAACUUGAGAUUGUAUAAACUCUAACUCAGCAAAACUAAGCUACCAGCAACUAGAUUUUCGGGGGGGAUUUUCACAGAGCCUUUAUAUCGUCUCAGUGUGUGUGUCGGUCUUUUAGUGUUUUCGUCUUCUGAGGCUGCUAAUAGUCUGUUUGUAGAAUCUCGCACAACACUGAGAAACUUGUUUCUGAGUAUUUUGAUGCCUUUAUGGAUUACGUGAGUCUGUUCAGAGUGUUUUUUUAUGUCAAGACAAAUGGACUUUAUCUACCUUGUAAGUUCACUGUCUGUCUCCGUCUGUAUGUUGAACCACGUUAGGCUAACUAUAGCAUCUCCCUCUCAUAGUUCAAUACAUAUCUUCAUUCUAGGACGCUACCAAAUACUCCUUAUUACAUGGAACUGAUGCACAUGUUUGCCUGGACUGUUAAAGCUGCACUGUGUGGUUUUUUUAAAUGUGCUCCUUCUGCGUAAAAACUCAAAUUUAGUCACUCGGAUGAUUCUGUUUUCUCGUCUUCCCAUGACUGAAGUGUCGACUGACGUUUGGUUUGUGAAUAUUUGCUAAUUUUACAUUUCAUCCUGGACUACACGGUGCAGCUUUAGUGAAGACAGGUCCUUCUGAAGGGCCUCGUUGUGCUUCGUUUGCUUUAGGAUAACAGCAUGCCUUCAGAUUAAUGUAUGUACUACUAUCAAAGUGCUAUUUAAUAGUACUGGAAUUGUUUUAGACUUGACAAAAUGUAUCGGUAAAUUAAUUUGUUGUUGUCCUCAUUGAAUAAAACUUGUUAUUGUCACUUUUGCCAAAUAAAAAUCUAAUUUGGUGUAAUAAAAUGUUGGCAAAUGUUAAAAAAAAUGCAUUUGAAACACAAAUUGCACGGAAAAGCAUUUGAAAGUCUUAUUGUGGUUGUACGGCUAAAUAAAAAGCACAAUCACACUCACACAGCAGCAAUUUGUCAGGUUUAGGAUUAAGAUUAAGGAGUGAAAAGUAGAUUCAUCUCUUAUUUGUGAUUCAGCAGCGCCUUGUUCACGGAGUUCUCCCCCACAAACUGCUACAUAUCAGUGAUUUUUAAAGUCUUUUUGGGAAGUCUUGGAGGGAUACUGUUUAAUCACCUCUGUUUUGAUUGCUGUUUACUAUUUACUGUGAAAUUAGCCAAUUCUUGUGUUGUUUUUUAAAAAUAUCUAUAGAUAUAUAUAUACUUGAAAAAAGAUGACACGAUUAGUAAGCAUGUGAGUGUGUAAUAGUUGUUUUAUUUUUCUAAUGUGGCUGUAAUACACUGCUAGAAGUGCAUACUUUAAUAUAUAGAGUUUUUAUUAUUAUUAUUAUUAUUAUUAUUAUUAUUAUUAUUAUUAUUAUUGUUAUUAUUAUUAUUAUUAUUAUUAUUAUUUCGAAUGUGUGAUGUGUCAUUUAGUUGCCAUGUGGAAAAUAAGAACUGUGAUUUCAAUUUACUCUUUGUGAAUGACUUAUUAUAUGCAAGUGAGAUAUUUUCCAGGUUGCCAACUUGCCGUGUCACGAUGGAACAUGGAAGCUGUAGACUAGUACCGACAUCCCGCAAGUGGCCAUUUGUGUCUUUAUGCAGUGUCUCAUAAAUGCCUUAAGUGCGGAUUUUGAAAUAAAUACGUGGAAUUCAUUUCAUUGAAUGUCGGACAUCA